ACGUGACUCCAAGGAGGCGGGGACAGGAGAGCUGGAAGGACUGGCAGGCGCGGGGAGGGGUGGGGGGUGUCGAUCUGAAUAAUUGAGGAGCUGUUCAGCAGCGGCGGCUGCCUCCUGCUUUCCUUCGCGGGCACCACCACCACCCCCCAUCACAGCCAGAGAAACAGCCCUGCUCAGUGACAGCGGACCGCCAGCCACCAGCCUCGGCAGCCAUUCCGGGGGCUCCAGUCCUCUGAUAUUCAUGCCCAGGAGAAGGCCGCUGUGGGUCCCUCAGGACCUUUCCUAAGCAGGGGAUUCCCAUUCACUAGAUGACUUCCAGAACCAUUCACUAAGGCUUCUGUAGCCCUCCUCCAUCUGCUGAGCUUCACUGCAAGCCCUACCACUCAAGAUGAGUGGCUUCCUGGCCUCGCUGGACCCCCGGAGGGUACAGUGGGGGGCUGCCUGGUAUGCCGUGCACUCCAGGAUCCUACGCACCAAACCGGUGGAGUCCAUGCUGGAGGGGACUGGGGCCACCACGGCACAUGGCACCAAGCUGGCCCAGGUACUCACCACUGUGGACCUCAUCUCUCUCGGAGUUGGCAGCUGUGUGGGCACUGGCAUGUAUGUGGUAUCUGGCCUGGUGGCCAAGGAAAUGGCAGGGCCUGGUGUCAUUGUGUCCUUCAUUAUUGCUGCAGUUGCAUCUAUAUUAUCAGGAGUGUGCUACGCAGAGUUUGGAGUCCGCGUCCCCAAGACCACAGGAUCUGCUUAUACCUACAGCUAUGUCACGGUUGGGGAAUGUGUGGCAUUUUUCAUUGGCUGGAACCUGAUCCUGGAGUACCUGAUUGGCACUGCGGCUGGUGCCAGUGCUCUGAGCAGCAUGUUUGACUCACUGGCAAACCACACCAUCAGCCGCUGGAUGGUGAACAGCGUGGGAACCCUCAAUGGCCUGGGGAAAGGUGAAGAAUCAUACCCAGACCUUCUGGCUCUGCUGAUUGCAGUCAUUGUGACCAUCAUUGUUGCUCUGGGAGUGAAGAACUCCGUGGGCUUCAACAACGUCCUCAAUGUGCUGAACCUGGCAGUGUGGGUGUUCAUCAUGAUUGCGGGCCUCUUCUUCAUCAAUGGGAAAUACUGGGCUGAGGGCCAGUUCCUGCCCCAUGGCUGGUCUGGGGUGCUGCAAGGAGCAGCCACAUGUUUCUACGCUUUCAUUGGCUUUGAUAUCAUUGCUACCACUGGAGAAGAAGCCAAGAAUCCUAACACAUCCAUACCAUAUGCUAUCACCGCCUCUCUGGUCAUCUGCCUGACAGCAUAUGUGUCUGUGAGUAUGAUCUUAACUCUGAUGGUGCCAUAUUACUCCAUUGACACCGAAUCCCCACUCAUGGAGAUGUUUGUGGCUCAUGGCUUCUAUGCUGCAAAAUUUGUAGUGGCCAUCGGGUCAGUUGCAGGAUUGACAGUCAGCUUGCUGGGCUCCCUCUUCCCAAUGCCAAGGGUCAUUUAUGCCAUGGCCGGUGAUGGGCUCCUUUUCAGGUUCCUGGCUCACGUCAGCUCCUACACAGAGACGCCAGUGGUGGCCUGCAUCGUGUCAGGGUUCCUGGCCGCUCUCCUCUCGCUGUUGGUCAGCCUGAGAGACCUGAUAGAAAUGAUGUCCAUUGGCACACUCCUCGCCUACACCUUGGUCUCUGUCUGCGUCUUGCUUCUUCGAUACCAACCGGAGAGUGACAUUGAUGGCUUUGUCAAGUUCUUGUCUCAGGAGCACACAAAAAAGAAGGAAGGCAUUCUGGCUGACUGUGAGAAGGAAGCUUGUUCUCCUGUGAGUGAGGGGGAAGAGUUUUCUGGCCCAGCCACCAACACUUGUGGGGCCAAGAACCUGCCGUCCUUAGGAGACAAUGAGAUGCUCAUCGGGAAAUCAGACAAGUCAACCUACAAUGUCAACCACCCCAACUACGGCACCGUGGACAUGACCACAGGCAUAGAAGCAGAUGAAUCUGAGAACAUUUAUCUCAUCAAGCUGAAGAAGCUGAUUGGGCCCCGUUACUACACCAUGAGAAUCCGGGUAGGCCUUCCAGGCAAAAUGGACCGGCCCACAGCAGCAACAGGGCACACGGUGACUAUCUGUGUGCUCCUGCUCUUCAUCCUCAUGUUCAUCUUCUGCUCCUUCAUCAUCUUUGGUUCUGACUACAUCUCAGGGCACAGCUGGUGGGCCAUCCUUGUGGUUGUUCUAAUGGUGCUGCUGAUCAGCAUCCUGGUGUUCGUGAUUCUGCAGCAGCCUGAGAACCCCAAGAAGCUGCCCUAUAUGGCCCCCUGCCUCCCCUUUGUGCCUGCUUUUGCCAUGCUGGUGAAUAUCUAUCUCAUGCUAAAGCUGUCUACCAUCACAUGGAUCCGGUUUGCGGUCUGGUGCUUUGUGGGUGUGCUCAUUUACUUUGGGUAUGGCAUCUGGAACAGCACCCUGGAAAUCAGCGCCCGAGAGGAGGCCCUGCACCAAAGUACAUACCAGCGCUACGAUGUGGACGACCCCUUCUCGGUGGAGGAGGGUUUUUCCUAUGCCACAGAAGGCGAGAGCCAGGAGAACUGGGGCGGGCCUGCUGAAGACAAAGGCUUCUAUUACCAACAGAUGUCAGAUUCGAAGGCAAACAACCGGACAAGUAGCAAAGCAAAGAGCAAAAGCAAACACAAACAGAACUCAGAGGCCCUGAUUGCAAAUGAUGAGUUAGAUUACUCUCCAGAGUAAGCAUAAACAUGGAGAGGGUAGAAAUGGUGAUUGGUUUUCAGCAACUUCGCUUGUGGGCUAGAAGGUGAACACUUUUUUUCACUCUUUUUUCCCCAAAGUCAAUCCCUAAUCAUAGCCUAUCUCUUGCUAUUUUUGCUCAUCAGAAUGGUUCUACAGAAGGGUUUAACCCAGGGCUCCUAACUGGUUCCCUUGUGAAAAAGAAUAAGCAAGAGGAUAUAUGAAAUUCUAUUUAAGGUGCAGCCGGCAGAGGUGAUGGUAGCAAAUGUUUCCCUGGCCUCUGCUUUGCUGGUUGAAUUAUUUUGCUUCUUACUGAGACCUCGCAAAGCAAGGGGCAAGCUCCUGGAGCCCCAAAGAGGCUGCAGCUUUUUUGGAGAUGCAACCAAGUGGUCGUGGCAGCAUUUCAGCCACCUGUGAGCACAAAGGUAUAGCUAGGUAGCGUGUCAGGCUAAGCGCCGCUCCCAGGUCAGUGUGAUCAGGUGGAUGUCAGCAUUCCUCAGUAACGAGACAGCCCCAAAACAUCAUGGAGAAGACACAUACUUCCCCUUUUUUUCAUCCCUAUUCUCCCAGUUUCCAAACAAUGUUUUAGGGUCCAGCAAAGGAAAGGACUCUCAGGCCAUUUCCACAAAGGUUUCAGAUUCAGACCAAAUAACAUGGUUAAGAGGCACCAUCAAAACUCUACUUAAAUGCCCAGGAAAAAAAAAUUAAAUAACCAUCCCUCACCGUGAAGGCCAGAAAGGCUUGGCAGAAAUUAACUGUCUGUCAUGUUUUCCCUUAUAUCACACUCUGAACUCCUGCUGAUAUGGUGACGGAGGGCAAAGGUGAAGCAUGAUUUCAUGGCACUAAUAUGCCUUGAAGAAGUGAGCCAUUUGUUUUAUAAUCUGAUAAAAAUCUUUGCAAGGAGAAGUGACCCAGCCACUGCGAUCACAUUGCAACUCUACUUCAUAUUUCUAAAAUUAUAAAUUCUGUAGUUUGUUUUUGUUUUUUUUUUUAGACAUGGAACCACUUGAUUGGCAGGUGCUACCUUGGAAACAAAAAAUAUUGAAGCACUGUUACUUGGGUGAUUACAUUCCAUGAGAUCAUGUUUCACUUCUGAACCUUAUGCCUCUGGGGUAGCUUACUUUUUAGAAUAUUUCUCUUUAUUACUUCCCAAAGCAGUUUCCCUGAAGUCCAGGGAAAUAUCUACCUGAUAAGGUCUAAAUUGAGGCCAUGAGGAUUCUUAAAAGAAUUUUCUCUGAAACAGAAAAAAAUCACAUGGGCUGUAAAUUCUCCUAUUGAUUUUCAAGGAUUUCCACUGGUUGCAUUGAGUUAGUAUGCAUGUAUGUGAAGAUAAUGAUUUUUAAUCAAGCUAAAAUCUUUGUGAGAAUUUUCUGGAAGGGACAAAACAGCAAGUUUCUUGACUUCCCUUUUCUCAAUUUAUUAGCCUGCCUAAAGUUGCCCAACACACAUCAACUAACAGUUAAAUCUAUUCUUAAAACUUGAGGCUCAUGCCUUGGUAGAAAAGGUAAAGUUCAUUUUUUCGUUCAAUUAACAGUUAUUGAGAAUAGCUCAAGAGCUAAGUGAAAAGGAUGAGAAGAAAUAUAAUAUCUGCCCUUCCAGCCCACUAUUCAAAUAAAGAGGAGAAGCUCCAGGGUGUGAUAAACAGGUAAAACAACCAUCUUGACAAGUCCUUGUGACUGAUUCACUUGGGCUUCAACAUAACACAAAAAAGUCAAUUGAAAGUCGAUUUUCGUAAAUAACACUUUUAAAUAAAUUGUAUAUCAUGCCCACAGCCAAUGUCUACCAUUAAAUUCUAAUAACUACCAUUUUUAAGAUUUUUUUUAUUCUUCCUUAUUAACUGUUUAGAACUCUGGUUUCCUGAGUACAUUUUGUCAUGCUUAAUGAUGCUGUGUUUUCUGUUCCCUAAACAUAACCGUAAAGGUACAGGGCCUGGUCUGUGAUGUAUAUCCUUGGGAAUUAACUGUAGACUAAUUAUCAACAACCUUUGUGAAGACAAAGCUUCAAACUGGCUUUAAGACUCAAGAAAUCUGACUAAAUAGGUAAGCUUGACACAGUCUAGACAGAAGGCGUGGAAUUAUAGUCAUUAAAUAUGUUCAAGAAAAACAUAAGUGUAAAAUAACAAAAACUUAACAUGGGUAAGAGAAUUUCCUUUAAUGUAUGAGGUUUAGGUCUUAUAGUACCUAUAUUUUGAUGGCAGGUGUAUGUGUUUCUAUAACAUGAGAAGGAAGAACACAUGCUUUAGCUGAUACCAUUGAUGUCAUUUUUGUGCAGAUCCUAUGAACUAUUCUCACUUCAGAAAUCAUUUUUCCCAAAUACUGUCUUUAUAUAUUUUAAGCUUUGCUCUUUGUUUGUUUGUUUGUUUUUGUUUUU